UUCCUGACUUGACUUCACGUGCUGUACCGGGGACUGUCUCACUUAUGAAACAACUCUAGACUGGAGCCCGGAUUUAUCUUCAUUGCUUAAUCUGUUAGUUGUUGGCCUGUUUUAUUGAUUGAAAUAGAAGCUAAAAAGGGUAUCUUCUUUUUUUAUUGGCUUUGAUUUCCCCCCCAUCUGUAUUUGUGGGUCAGCCUGCAUGUGUGUGUGAGAGAAGAGCAGCAGGAUGAUUGCAGCUCAACUACUAGCCUACUACUUCACUGAACUCAAGGAUGACCAGGUUAAAAAGAUUGACAAGUACUUGUACUUCAUGCGCUUCUCCGAUGAGACGCUGGUGGACAUCAUGCAGCGGUUCCGCAUGGAGCUCAACAAAGGAUUGGGACGCGACACAAACGCCACGGCGUCUCUAAAGAUGUUGCCAACAUUUGUGCGCUCUAUCCCCGACGGCUCAGAGAAAGGAGACUUUAUUGCAUUGGAUUUGGGAGGAAGUGCCUUCAGGAUUCUUCGUGUCCGAGUGAGUCACGAGAAAAAGCAGACAGUUCAGAUGGAGAGCCAAAUCUAUGAGACGCCAGAGGACAUCAUACACGGCAGUGGGACGAGACUGUUCGACCAUGUGGCUGAGUGUCUGGGUGACUUCAUGGAAAAACACAACAUUAAAGACAAGAAACUGCCAGUUGGCUGGACCUUCUCCUUCCCUUGUCAACAAACCAAACUUGACGAGGGCAACCUCCUCCCAGUUGUUGGGGUUGAACCGGCCAUUCCUCAGAGUACUCUGAUCACGUGGACGAAGCGCUUCAAGGCGAGCGGGGUGGAGGGCAUGGAUGUCGUGAAGCUCCUCAACAAUGCCAUCAAAACACGAGGUGACUACGAAGCCGACAUCAUGGCUGUGGUGAACGACACCGUGGGAACUAUGAUGACAUGCGGCUUUGACGAUCAACGCUGUGAAGUCGGAAUUAUCAUCGGAACCGGUACCAACGCCUGCUACAUGGAAGAGCUGCGUCACAUCGACCUCGUGGAGGGCGAUGAAGGCAGGAUGUGUGUGAACACUGAGUGGGGGGCUUUCGGAGACGACGGCCGGCUAGAGGACAUCAGAACAGAGUUUGACCGAGAAAUUGACCGAGGCUCUCUCAACCCCGGCAAACAGCUAUUUGAGAAGAUGGUGAGCGGACUGUACAUGGGUGAGCUGGUUCGUCUUAUUCUGGUCAAGAUGGCCCGGGAGGGUCUGAUAUUUGAGGGAAGGAUCACGGCUGAGCUGCUAACCAAAGGGAAAAUCGAGACCAAGCAUGUUUCUGCCAUUGAGAAGAGUAAGGAGGGAUUAACCAAGGCCAAAGAGAUUUUGAACAGACUUGGUGUGGAGCCCUCAGCUGAGGAUUGCAUCGCUGUUCAACAUGUCUGUACUAUUGUGUCUUUCCGCUCUGCCAACCUGGUAGCAGCGGUGCUAGCGGGCAUCCUCAAGAAGCUCAAAGAAAACAAAGGUGUGUCCCGACUCCGCACCACUGUUGGCAUUGACGGAUCUCUCUACAAGAUGCACCCACAGUAUGCCCGACGUCUUCAUAAGGCGGUCCGCCGCCUCGUCCCCGACUCUGAUGUGCGGUUCCUCUUGUCAGAGAGCGGCAGUGGAAAAGGAGCCGCCAUGGUGACGGCUGUGGCCUACAGACUUGCUGAGCAAUCUCGACAAAUUGCAAAAACUCUGUCAGAGUUCCGCCUGACGACUGAACAACUGCUAGAGGUAAAGAAGCGAAUGAGGACUGAGAUCCAAAAUGGCCUUUCCAAGGAAACGCAUGCGUCUGCCACUGUCAAAAUGUUGCCAACCUUUGUAUGCAGUGUUCCUGAUGGCUCAGAAAACGGUGACUUCCUAGCUUUGGAUUUAGGAGGAACCAACUUUCGAGUUCUGAUGGUGAAGAUUCGCUCUGGGAAAAAGAGAACUGUGGAGAUGCACAACAAGAUCUAUGCCAUUCCUCUUGAAGUCAUGCAGGGUACGGGAGAGGAGCUGUUUGAUCACAUUGUUCAUUGUAUAAGCGACUUCCUGGACUACAUGGGGAUGAAGAACGCUCGUCUACCUCUGGGCUUCACCUUCUCCUUCCCCUGCUUGCAGACCAGCCUGGAUGCUGGCAUCCUGGUGGCAUGGACCAAAGGGUUUAAGGCGACAGACUGUGAAGGCGAAGAUGUGGUGGGGCUUCUAAGGGAGGCCAUUAAGAGGCGAGAGGAGUUUGACCUGGAUGUUGUGGCUGUAGUCAAUGACACUGUGGGAACCAUGAUGACCUGUGCCUACGAGGAGCCCACCUGCGAGAUCGGACUGAUUGCCGGCACCGGCAGUAAUGCGUGUUACAUGGAGGAGAUGAGGAACAUUGAGAUGGUGGAUGGUGAUUUAGGCCGCAUGUGUGUCAAUAUGGAGUGGGGUGCAUUUGGCGAUAAUGGAUGCCUAGACGACUUUAGGACGGAGUAUGACCGUAUUGUGGAUGAUUUCUCCCUUCACCCAGGCAAACAGAGAUACGAGAAAAUGUGUAGCGGCAUGUACCUUGGUGAAAUAGUGCGGAACAUACUAAUAGAUUUGACCAAGAGGGGCUACCUGUUCAGAGGUCAGAUUUCGGAGACGCUGAAGACCAGAAGCAUCUUUGAAACCAAGUUCCUCUCUCAGAUUGAGAGCGACAGACUGGCUUUACUUCAAGUGAGGUCCAUCUUACAACACCUAGGGCUGGACAGCACUUGUGAUGACAGUAUCAUUGUCAAAGAGGUGUGUGGAGUGGUGUCGCACCGUGCUGCUCAGCUCUGUGGGGCAGGGAUGGCAGCUGUGGUUGAUAAGAUCAGAGAAAACCGCGGACUGGAUCAUUUGAACAUCACCGUCGGGGUGGAUGGGACUCUCUACAAACUUCAUCCACACUUCUCCGGCGUCAUGCACCAGACGGUCAAGGAGCUGGCUCCUCAGUGUAACGUCAACUUCCUGUUGUCGGAGGAUGGCAGCGGCAAAGGGGCGGCGCUCAUCACGGCGGUGGGUGUGCGAUUGAGAGAAGAGCUGAACAAGUGAGGAUUUGUGGGAGUUCCACAUGGCGCCUUCCUGCGCUGUCUUCCCCCUGACCAAAGCAGAACAGGCAGCGUCCCAUUACAGUAGCUGCUUUAGCCGGCAGAAAGAAGAAGUCGUCUUGAAGUAACAUAAAUCUCCUUAUGUGUACGAAAUUAUAAAAAAAGCUUUACACACAUUUCCUUUGAUGUGUCAACACUCUUGUGGUGUGUAUUGUCGCCACCUUGAAGAAUCACCUCGUAACUGCAGGCUGUCAAACUUCAAAGAAUGACAAAAUAUUUCUCCAUAUUUCCUAGCUGCAAAGGUUUUGUACCAAAAUCCCCACUACGUAACAACAGAAGACGUAAAUAUGGUAUGAAGUAAAACUAAUGAUACACAAAUGUGAAAGGGAAUAUUUUUGCUUUUAGGGUUUUAUCCAGAUAUACAACUAACUAUAUUUUACAUAUAAUUGUAUUUAUUUUAUUUUUGUAUUAAGAGGUGAUGACAAUGUAACUGCUGCAAUCAAAAAGCUUAUUAAAUAAGGUGCCUCAGCCUGUAACAAUCCUUGAAGUAUGAACAUGGAAUGUCACCUGAAUAUAAUGAAUAUAUUCCCUUUUACUCAUACUGUAAAAUAUGUCCAAAGAGCAAUUUGUAUUUGGAUAAAUCCCAGUGUGCCGCUGCUAUGGGAAAUCCCUUUCUUAGCACAGUGACAUGAAUGAAAGAAAAGUGUGUAUGAGGUGCGAUUACGAAUGCCAGGUGAAAAUCUGUAGGAAAUAUUUACUCUUCAAUCAGACAUAAAGUACUAUGUCUUUUCUCACCUCUUCUUUGAUAAAUGCUCCGAAAAAGCUCAA